AUGGCUAGAGACCUCGUGCAACAAAUCCCAGACGUCGCGAUGCAUGUAGCGAAUGCGGUGAAGCGGAACCCUUCCGCAAUCUCAGCUGACGGCUCAAGAAUUGCCUCUAGCUCUCAAGCUUGUACAAUUCGAUUAUGGGAUGCGGAGGCUGGUCAGGCGCUGGGGAGGCCUCUUCUAGGGCAUAUCAAAUGCGUCCAAGGUGUUGCAUUCUCACCCUACGAUGACUCGCGAAUCAUCUCUGGGUCUCAGGAUUUUAGAAUUCGAUUAUGGGAUGCGACCACUGGCCAGUCGGUGGGAGAGCCACGACGAGGGUAUCGAGCCGCCGUCCAAGCAGUCGCAUUCUCACCAGAUAGCUCAAGGGUUGUCUCUGGCUCUCAAGGUCGUACAAUCCGACUACGGGAUGCGGAGAUUGGCCAGACGCUGGGAGUUCCGCUUCGAGAGCAUACAAAUUGGGUCCUGGCUGUCGCAUUCUCACCAGACGGGUCACAAAUUGUCUCUGGAUCGACAGAUCGUACUAUCCAAGUGUGGAAUGUGGAACUUUCCGAGUCAUUGGGGCCUGUCCAGCCAUUGGGACCUGUCUAUUCGUUUAGGGUGGCACUUCCCGGACAAGGCGACUUAGAGUUAGCCGUUCAUUUCAUAAUCCCAAACCCUCGAGGCUCACCUCGGACUCUGAAGAUUGCAUAA